AUGGCGUUCUUUGAUAGUCUCAGAGAAAAGGCUGUUUCCACCAUCAAUCUGGUGCUUCAGGACAAAAAGACUCCUCCCGGCUUAACCAAAGAACAAUGGUUCUGUCGCGAGUACAGUCUACCAGAUGGAGAAGUCGUUGUGGCCGAGAAUGCUGCAGAGGUUGCUGUUAUAUCUGAUUUUUCUACUAGUGCCUAUAAGGACUUGAACAACCCAGAAGGACGAAUUUAUCUUACCCAGCAUUUUAUAGUGUUCCGUGAUGCAUUUGACCGCCGAAACUGUCUGUUCACUUUGCAUGUUCUGACUGUGAAGAAAGUAGAGAGGUUGCCGUCCAAGAGCUAUGCUGUUGCUCUAGCCAUCGGCACCCAGUCAAAACUAACCUUCACUAUAUAUCUCGUUGGUUUACGUUCAGACAGUGAAAAGUUCGCCCAGACAUUGAAGACCGUAUUGAAGCGUAAUUUGCCUAACGUGAAAAAGCUCCAGCCAUUUGUUCAGACGUGUUACUCUGAAUAUUUACUUUUCAAGAAUAACAUCUCGUCUGAGAAAAUCGAACUGGUACCGCCAGGAGGUUUGGGGCUUCUCUUCAAGUUCCCUGGUAACCCCAAGGAGCUCCGGGACAAGUCCAAGAUGAAGUUGUGGUUCGAUUUGUUUCGUGUGGAUGGCCGAAACUUGCUGCUUGUGAAGACUCCCAUGUUCUACCGUUUAAUCAGAGUAGGUUUACCUAACAGAUUGAGAGGUGAACUCUGGGAAUUAUGCUGUGGCUCAAUGUACUUGAGAUUAGACUACCAGGAUGAGUAUAAAGAGAUCUUGGAAAAGAAUCUCCACAAGAAGUCGUUGGCUACGGACGAAAUCGAAAAGGAUCUCAAUCGGUCUUUGCCUGAAUACGCUGCUUACCAGAGUCCUGAGGGUAUAGAACGUUUGAGACGUGUAUUGACUGCCUAUUCCUGGAAAAAUCCCGAGGUCGGUUAUUGUCAGGCUAUGAACAUCGUCGUAGCAGCGUUGCUUAUCUACAUGUCUGAAGAACAAGCCUUCUGGGCUUUGAACCUUCUCUGUGAUAGAAUUGUGCCUGGUUACUACUCCAAAACCAUGUAUGGAACCUUGUUGGACCAACGUGUGUUUGAAUCGCUAGUUCAGAACACGAUGCCCAUGCUCUGGGACCAUAUCACCAAGAACGAUAUCCAGCUAUCUGUGGUAUCAUUGCCCUGGUUUUUGUCGUUGUAUUUGAGCUCCAUGCCUUUGGUGUUUGCCUUCAGAAUUCUCGAUGUUUUCUUCUUGCAAGGUCCACAGACUUUGUUUCAAGUUGCUUUGGCCAUUUUGAAAAUAAACGGAGAAGAACUCUUGAAAACGGACGACGACGGAUCAUUUAUCUCCAUUAUUAAGGAUUAUUUUCAAGUGCUAGACCAAUCAGCACAUCCCAGUUCGCCCAACCCCAAAUAUAGAUCUAUCACAAAGUUCCAAGAACUUUUAGUUACGGCGUUUAAAGAGUUCGCCAUAGUAGAUGAUGAAAUGAUAAACACGCAUAGAAACAAACACAGAGACACCAUUUUCCAGAACAUCUCAUCUUUUGUCAAACGUACUGAGUUGAGGAACUUGCCCAAGACAGUUAACAUCAGCUCUGAUACCUUGUCUGUUAUCUACGACAGAUUCUAUUCAGUGGUCCAGUCCAGUGUCACUGUUGGAAGUGGAUCCAGCUUGAUGGACUUCAAUGCCUUCAGAACAUUUAUGUCUGAAAUCUGUCGCUGGGUAAAGCCUGAGUCUGAUAGUGGGCCAGAAGAUACCGUGUUUUUACACCACUUGUUCUCCAAUUGGGACACGGAGGGCCAAAGAGCGUUGUCACUUUCUGAUUUGGUUUCCGGCUUAAACAAGUUAGUAGAGCCGGACCUUAUGACGAUGAUUACAAACUUCUUUGACUUGUACGACUACAAGAACAAGGGAAAGAUUGAUAGAGAAGGUAUUCUCCAAAUUUCGGAAGACUUGUUGUAUGUCACCAACCCAUGGAAAGAGGGAUAUGUGUUAGACGAUAUCACCAAACAGGCUAUUGAAAAUGCUGUUGCUGAUGAAGUUUAUAAAGCAAAUGCUGCUAGGGAACUGAACGAUGGAGAAAUUUUGAUUCCUUCACAGAUGGAUAUAGACAAGCCCAAGUUUGAAGGACUUCAAGUCGAAAGAUACUUGCAGGCCGCCAGCACCUUUAUCCAACGAGCUUUUGAAUAUGCCCAGCCAGAAGAAGAAGAGUUGUUGAUCAAAGACUUGGCCAUAGAUAACACCAUUUCACAUAAUGCUGCACUCAAUCCGAACACUCCAGUGUUCUUAAACUUGCCUACGUUUAGAAUGGUAAUAUUAGCAGAUGAAACGUACGAGUUGCUCUUCAGCAAGACGCUCAGGGAAUCGAUACAAUUAGACACCCCGCUAGAUAACAAGAUCAAUUCCAUGAGGAACUUGCGGGAUAUGUUCGAUGGGUUAUUGGCAGAUGGACGUAAAGUUGCCAACAAAGUUAGACGUCGUAUGGACUCUGCAGCCUCCAAUGCUUUACACAGCAACAAUAACCUCAGUGUUAACUCAAGCGACAACACAUCGCUCAAGUCUGGAAAGUCAAAGAUCCAGGAAGAAGAAGAGGAGCGUGAUGAUGACUUUGGUGUUAUUUCCAUCGAUGAAAAAGAUAAGGAUCUUCUUCUUGGUGCCGAAGCUCAAGUCUUGAUGGACCCCACUGUGGAUAAUGCAUCCAGAACUAAUGAAUUGAAGAAGUUCCAUGAUGCUGAAGCAGCAGCUGGUAAAACAGUUCACAAGUUCGAAGGCGAUAACUUGAUAGAGUUUGAGACGUAG